AUGAGCUGCCGUUACGUGGGAUUCCCGUUCGUGAAGAAGAGUGGUCAGUCGUCUUCACCGUGGGUGCCGCAAGAGGAACGGCUUCAGCAAAUCUUGCAGCUUCUGAAGGAUUCGCUGUCUGCUGAGGAAGCGACGAGGCUAACGGCUCGGCAGGAACUCAAGAAACUGAGCGAAAUUCCCAACUUCAGCAACUACCUGGUAUUCAUAGUCGCAGAGUUGAAGUUUGAGAAUGAGCGGUUGACAAAACCAACCGGAUCUUUGUUGGAUGAAGAUGUGACUGCCGACUCUGGCAACGUUCCCCGGCAUGUGAGCGACUCCACCGAGACAAACAGCUUCGAAAGCGUGGACGAUCCCUUGGCGGUGAUCGUUGCUGCUCUGGGCUUCUUCAUCACGACUGACUCGACGCUCGAGCUCACACGCUGGCCUGAAUUGCUUCCGCGGCUCGGCGAACUGCUAGACUCGAAGGACGACAGAGUCUGCGAGGGUUCAUUCGGGGCGCUGCACAAGAUCUCUCGGGACUACGCUGAGGCGCUGGAUACAGGGCCACUGAAAGAUCAGCUCACUGUUCUUGUACCCAAGUUUCUGAAGUUCUUUCGGCACAAGAGCCCUCGGAUCCAGUUCUGCGCCAUAACUUUCAUCAGCCUGCUAUUCCUCAAUCGCGCACAUGCGGUGAUGGUCCACGCUGACUCCGCUGUUGCGAGCUUACUGCAGUUGGUGUAUGAAGAAGACUCCAAAGUGCAGAAAACCAUGUGCCGUGCUCUGAUAGUGCUGCUAGAAUAUCAAAUCGACUGUCUCAUCCCUCAUAUGAGCAGCAUCAUAGAGUACGCGAUGGUCAGGAUGCAAGAUACCGACGGAAGCGUUGCUCUAGAGGCGUGCACGACAUUGGCCUUUCUGACGAAGAAGCCAGUCUGCAAGGAAGCGCUGGCUCCGUGCUUGUCACGCCUAGUCCCCAUUCUAGUCCAACGUAUGAAGUACUCAGACUAUGACUUAAGACAAUGCAAUGAAGACGUACGAGCCAUCCGGCCUACGCUUGGCCAGAUUAAAAAAGCAACAGAGGACAACACUGGCGGAUGUUCUGUGGCAGACAAAAUACACGUCGAUGACAUCUUCUACAAGUGGAAUAUGAGGAAUUGCUCAGCGGAUGUGCUGGACGGUAUAGCCAUGGUGUUCAACGCGGAAGUGUUUCCCCUGCUGCUGCCUUUGCUUAAGGAGAUGCUGCACAAGGAUUGGGUGAUUAAGGAAUCGGCCAUUUUUGUCCUUGGGGUCAUCGCUGAGGGUUGCAUGGAAGGUAUUUCCCAGUAUCUAGAGGAUCUGACCACGUACUUGCUUCUUCACCUUAGAGAUGACAAAGCCCCUGUGCGGUCGGCGGCCUGCUGGACCCUGAGCCGCUACUCCCACUGGAUGUUGAGCCAGCCGAACCACCGCUACUUCGAGCCACUGGUGAACCAACUACUGGAGCGGGUCAUGGACGACAGUGAAAUGGUCCAAGAAGUUGCUUGCAAUGCCCUUAUCACCGUAACAGAGGAAGCCAAAACAAAGCUCGUGCCAUACCUCAACGCCAUUUUGGACACGAUCUACUGUAGCUUCAGGAAGUACAGGCGUCCACGUUUGUAUAUGCUGUACAAUGCAAUAAGAACGCUUGCAGACUGUGUAGGACCAGAACUCAAGAGGCUAGUGGCGCUGGAAACGCUGAGUGGACUGGCGGAAGGUUUGGAAAGCGACAUUGAGCCUUUUGUCGCGGAUACCAACAUCAUUGAGCUCAUGUUCCAGUGUGGGAAGGACUCGGUGCCAGAAGUGCGUCAGGCCACGUUCGCCCUUCUUGGAAACCUCACCAAAGCCUGCUUCAACUGUCUUGUGUCCGUUACGUGCAAAUUCCUUCCUAUACUUGGUGAGAACUUGAACCCAGAGAUUACACCAGUGUGCAAUAGUGCGACCUGGGCAAUCGGCGUGAUCACCAUGAAGUUGAGAAAUGGUGUCAAACCGCACAUGUCUAAUGUGGUUACUAGACUGGUGACUAACAUGAAGCUCUCGAACACGUCGAAAACCUUGCUUGAGAACACUGCUAUUGCAAUCGGAUGUCUUGGUUACGCUUGCCCAGAGGAAAUGGCGCCGAAGUUACUUCAGUUUAUUGGUCCAUGCUGCUCGGCACUGGGAAAAGUUCAGAACUGUGAAGCGAAGGACUUCGCGUUCCGUGGCAUCUGCAGUAUGGUUUGUGUGAACCCGGAUGGAGUCGUUCUUGACUUCAUUUUCUUCCUUGAGGCCAUCCUUUCCUGGGCCAUUCCUGAGGACGACUUGAAGCAGUCCGUCAGUGACCUGCUCCACCGCUUCAAGAAGAUGUUUGGGAGCAAGAAAUGGCAGUACUUCUCCGAACAGCUUCCACCUGCACUCAGGGGGCGAAUGCUAGACAACUAUGGCAUCUGA